GUAGUCUUCCCCGCACCAAUGACAUGGCAGGUUCCCAAAUACUCGCUCUCUGUCAUGCUGAUUGUUGUCUUCAAAGCUACAGAGCUUAAAUAUAUGUCCUAAUCAUGAGUUCCUAGUGGCUCAUUCGACUAUGAUAUCAAGCCCAAAUCGUCCUGGUCAGCCCAACUUGUAUGUCCCGCGGACGUGGGACGGUUCAUCGAGCAACUCUGGUUACAGCUGUUGCGACUACGCCCAGCAACAUCACUCAAAUCAGUCUGCCCCCGUACCCAAACCUCAGGACAUAUCGAUACCACCACCGCAAACUAUCUACUCAGCCUCCUCCACCUUUGGGUGCUUUCGCUCUCCUGCAAUGCGAAGCGACUACUCGUCCUCAUAUACAUUCCCGAUGUGGUAUCCAGAUGUACACCGUUCACAUUCGACCACCGUGAUCAAGCAAGAUUUACCUUUUGUCUUUGGCCCUGAAAUGUCCACCUCUGAUGUCCUGCUGUAUAACGAGCCGUUAUAUCAGUGGCAGAAUUCUGCCGUCUCUCAGCCAGGCCCUUUGAUUUCAACGCAGCCCCACGCAAGUCACAGUGGGAAUAUAUAUCACCUUUCAGAUCAGCGAGCCAGCAGUCAGCCAAACUCAAUCCUGCUUCACAGCCAUCCUCCACCUCCCCUUCUCUGCCGAUGGUUGCGUGAUGACACAGUUUGCGGAUUUACAGGGACACUGGAGGCAUUAAAGGCGCAUUGCAAAACCAGUCAUUUUGCUGGUCCACCAAGUGCGCUAGUCGAAUGUCGCUGGGAGGCUUGUGAAUAUCAUAAACGUGAUGAUCCCACGAUUCAUGUCAUGCGGCGCGACUGCAUGUGGCGUCAUACUCGCGAAGUUCAUCUGGGGAUGAAAAGGGGUGUCUAGGGGUCCCCCAUCUUAUUUAUUUUUGUGGUACACUACUGUUAGCCAUGCCAUACUUUGUACGCUGUGAUAUAUUUGCUUCCGCCGCC